AUCAUUUAAUGAAGAUAACAACCCCCAUGCAAAGAGCACACCGCGAAAACAGAUUCCCGGGAUGAAAAUGGGGUAUCUGCGUAUUUUUUUUUAAAAAGUAUUAAUAUACGAAGAGUGCAAAUUGCCAAAAAAUGACUUUUUUUUUUUUAAUGAAGGGUGGGUAGCCACCCUCCAUGCCUGCUAAGUCACCAUGUCCCCAGUAGGUGGCGCAGUCCGCCAACAUGGAGCCAUCUCUCUCUCUCUCACGGAUUUUUUUUUUUUUUUUUUUUUGAAGCCUUGCAUUGACUUGGGCCUAACGAUUCUCAGAUCGUCAUUAUUUGUAACCAUAGAGCAUGAAUUACCUCUUGAGGUCAUCAGUGAGAAUUUACGACUGGUCAACAAAAGCACGUGAUUACCAAACGCACCCCCACCCCCCAUAUUUGGCCGCAUACAUAGCAAAAACGAAGUACAGUGCAUUGCUAUAAUUCAUUAAUACAUCAUAAAUCGUCAAGCACAGGGUUAUAACGACCACGAGCCACAAAUCAAGCCCUCCAAAAUAACCCAAAUGAGCUCUUACUUUGUAAACUCGUUCUCAGGGCGCUAUCCAAAUGGCCCCGACUAUCAGUUGCUAAAUUAUGGGACCAGCAGUUCUAUGAACGGUUCGUACAGAGAUUCAAGCACCAUGCAUUCCAGCUCUUAUGGCUACAACUACAAUGGGAUGGACCUUAGCAUCAACCGCUCAGCCUCCUCUAGCCACUUUGGGGCUGGGGGAGAAAGCUCCCGCAGCUUCCCUUCGCCCGCUCAGGAGAGCAGGUUUAGGCAAGCGUCUAGCUGUUCCUUGUCCUCUCCCGAGUCCCUGCCCUGCUCCAACGGCGACAACCAUGGAGGCAAACCCGCCCCGUCCCCCUCCGACCAGGCUACUUCUGCCAGCACCAACACAAAUUUCACAGAAAUAGACGAGACCAGCGCGUCUUCGGGAACCGAAGAGGGCACCCAAAUAAACAGCAACAUUAUUCCCAGGGCACAGGCUGAGCCCGUCGCUACAUCCACAGCAGCCACAGAAGGGCAGACACCACAGAUAUUCCCGUGGAUGAGGAAGCUUCACAUUAGCCAUGACAUGACUGGACCAGACGGUAAAAGGGCAAGAACCGCCUAUACUCGCUACCAGACCCUAGAAUUGGAAAAGGAAUUUCACUUCAAUAGAUAUCUCACCCGCAGGAGGAGAAUAGAAAUCGCCCAUGCUCUGUGCCUCUCCGAAAGGCAAAUUAAAAUCUGGUUCCAAAACAGAAGAAUGAAGUGGAAGAAAGAUAAUAAACUGAAAAGCAUGAGUGUAGCCUCCGCGGGCAGCGCCUUCCAGCCAUAAAUUAUAGAAAAGGAAUAUCAAGGAAAGAAAGAAGAAGGCGAAGAAAGGGGGGUGGGGAGGGAGAAACAGCUGCAGAUUUUAGUUUCAGAGUACUGUACAGGAAGGCACCUUUUUUCGGCAUGUUGUUGAUAUUUUAAACAACUCCUAUGGUACUGUUAUCCCAGGACUGCGUUCCUGCUGUGUUUUAAUUUUAUUUUUUAAUUAUUAUUAUUAUUAAUUUUUUUUAAAAAAAAAUUCCAGAUGCUCCUCCACGCUCUUGAUGUUCUUAUAAAUGUUUGUGCCAGUGCUAUCUUGAUGCUUUCUGGAAAGCUAGCAUGUUUCAUGUGAGCCCUUUAAAUGUUAUAACUUAUUUAUAAAUUGAUAACAGACACGGUGGUUUGUUUGGGGUUUUGUUUUUGUUUUUUUGUAUCUGAGUUUACAGCUAUUGGGCGGGAGGGGGGAAUUUAUUCUCUGCCUAAGCUAAAGUCGGGAUUCCUGCUCUAAAAUAGCAGGGCGGGGGGGAAUCAAAAAACUGUAAAGAAAAAAAUAAAAAGCAAAAAAGCUCUUGUAUCUUUUUGUCUUAAAAAUUGUCGAAUCUGUGGUUUAGUUCAAAUGUAAGGCCAUGCUUUCUAGUCCCAGGCUAAUUCUGAGACGUGUUCUUAGACGUGGGUGAACUUCACUAUUAAAAAAAAUGUAUAAAAUUGGACCAACCAUAAAGUGUUCCAAUGUCUGUAAAUACUAGGAAUAUUUCUGAUGUGAUUAAUAGUUGGUAGUGGGCAGAGUGAAUGCAGUGUUAUGUGUAAAAUGGCAUCUGUCAUGUCUAGCUGCCUGUUAGUAUUUUGCCAAUAAGCUUUUUGUAUUUGUUUUGUAGCUUUACUUCAAGUCAAAUAAACAUUUCUCCUAUUCA